AUGACUCAGUUUUUACUGCCAAUUUACUUGCGUUAUUUGCAACCACGUGACCCCCUACCUUAUCUCCCACCCCCUCCACCAAAACAUACGAAUGAAGACUGCACUCUGACUGGUGUAGGUGUUUACAGUCACCUUUUUGAAGAUCCAGUUGACACUCCUGAGGCUGUGAAGUGUCCUUCAAGUUUUGUAUCGAGAAUCAACUAUGACACCAGAGAGGAUAAGCUGCAACGUGAAUUUGAAGAGUUUGGUUAUAUCAGAAAAAUAAAUAUGGUCCGUGAUGUUAGGACAGGGAAACCGCGCGGUUACGCUUUUAUUGAGUACGAGACUGAGAAGGGUAUGAGGGCUGCUUACAAAUAUGGAGAUGGUAAGAAGAUUGACGGACGACGUGUCGAAGUGGAUAUUGAACGAGGACGGACUGUUAAGAAUUGGAAGCCAAGAAGAUUUGGGGGAGGUCUCUUGGUGGGUCACGGAUUGGAGCCCAGAGUUCAACAUUACUCACUCAGGAAGAGUUGAUCCCAGACAAUAUCAAGAGAAGUUAGAUAGAGCUAAUAGGGCACGAGAUAGAGCCCUCAAUAACAUUGAUAAUGAGAAGAGGGAUCUCCGUCAGAGUCGAGGGAGAUGUCUAGAGACACAUCGGAAAGGCGCAGGUCAACUGAACGUGAGAGAUCCUUCAAGGAUGAAGAUAAGAGGGAGAGAAAAGGAGGAUAGAAGAAUCACAAGAAGGGAUGAUCGUGGAGAGCGUGAAGAUGAUCGUGGUGAUAGAAAGCGUGACAGGGACCGGCCAGAACGUGAUGAUGAUCGAAGGAGAGAUAGGGAUGGAGACAGGAAGCGAGAGAGACGGGAUGAUGACAGAGACAGGGACAGGAAGAGGGAUCGCAGAGACAGAGACGAUCGACGGGGGGACAGAGACAGGAUGGGAGACAGGGACAGGGAUAGAGAUCGUGGAGAUCGGGAAGAGAGAGGGAGAAAUAUCCAGAGAGAGAGGGAGACAGAGAGAAAAGUAGAGAAAAGGAGGGAAGCAGAAGCAGAGAGAUGAAGGAGGGAAGCAGAGAGAUGAAGGAGGGAAGCAGAGAGAUGAAGGAGGGCAGUAGAGAAAGGAAGGAGGAAAGUAGAGAAAGGAAGGAGGAGGUAGAGGAGGAGCGACCUAAAGAAGUUGAGGAAGUACCUGAAGAACCUAGUUAUCCCCAGGAAGAGGCUCAAGUAGCAUCUUAGUCUGGUUACAAGAGACACUGCAAGUGAGACUGGCUUGAUAUGACGUUUCUGGACCUAUUUUAGCAUCUUUUAUGAUCUAAUGAUCUGAUUUAAACCCAUUUAUUACUGUUUCACAUGGAACUAGAAAGAAUUCCAGAUUGGGCCGUUUUAUAUUCAAAGCUUCUCCGAAAUUUUCAUGUGUUACUGCUGAACUGAUUUGCAAAUUUGGGUCUUGAUUUUUGUCUUGAGUUUAAAUUGUUCAAUCAAUUUUUACUUACCAUAUUAUAUUGUACUCUAAAACAAAGAAAACGUUCUGACAUUCAA